AAACUUUGAAAAAAAAUGUUGUGAUAAAUCUGUGUUGACCCUUGACCUUUGAACUUGGCGCUUAUUAGUUAGCCAUCCAUUCAUGCUAACCAAUUCAUUCCAUUCUUGGUCGCAUGGUACAGAGAACCACAGACGAUACAUUACAAUGAGCAGCCCGGUGCUUGAAGAAGCGGUCUUUCAAACCCCCAGAGCAAUAGGCGGGGAUCGCUGCCCCGUCCUGGGCAGUGCCGAAACGGCAUGCCUCAGCCCGAUAAAGUCAGCCAAGGACAAGGAGUCGGUGUUGGUCGAGACUUGCGAUGAGGGGUACAUCACCAGGUCCUUUACUCAGGACCUGCCCUUCACCCCUGUAAUAUCCACUCCUAUGAGGCCCCAGAAGGACCCAGACGCAGAUAAGAUCUACAACAUCUCUGUAGUCCCGGUUACACAGUUCUGUAUUGACGAGACCGAGUAUAGUUGGGAGAGCACUUUGUUGAAUGUUCAGGUCAAGUCAGAGGUGGUGGCCGUGCCCCCCAAGGCAGAAACCUCUGUGGCUGCUGUAUCCCCCUUUAAAGCUGGUCGCAGGGUCACCCCUCCUGCCUCCAAGAGGCCAAAGGUUUUCCAACACCCGGAGGAGUGGCAACAGGAAAAGGACAGAUACAUGCAGGCGGUCACGCGGCACAUGAGGGAGAAGCCUAAAGGUGUGAUGAACGAGCUGCUAGACCUGAUGAACACUGUGGCCAGCGAGGCAGCAGCACCCUGGCAGCACCCUUCGGACCUCACCACCAGGAAUUACAAGUCUGCUGGUGAGGGUCUGUAUUCCUUGGAGGAGUGGAAGGCCAAAAAUGGAGGAGACUGGCGGCGCUUUUCUCCUGUGAUAGAAAUAUUGUAAAUAUUGUAUAUAUUCAUUUUUUUUGUGUGCGUGUGUUUUUUGCUGUGUGUUUUUGUUUGUUUUAAUGUUUAUACAUGCACUUUUGUUAACACGUAUGCGCUAACUAACAGUAUUGAUUUAUAAUUCAUAAGUAGUAAAAUAGUAUUUUGUGGGUAAAAAAAAA